AUGAAUGCUAAAGGUUUAAUUACCCUGAGUGAGAUAUCAUUUCAUUUGCUGAAAUAUGGUAUGCAAGAGAUGUACACAACAUGGCGCUUUCAUGGGGAAAGUUUUGAAGCAGCACGUAACACUACAACUGAAUAUAUAGACGAUAAUGAUGUCACAGCAGUUUUGAAUGAGAGUAUUACAGAAGAUGUGGAUGAAAAUGUUAGGGCAGGGAUGGAUGAGAAUGGAGAAGCAGGUGUUGAUGAGAAUGCAGAAGCAGGUGUUGAUGUGAAUGUUGGAACCAGCAGGUGUUAUCAGAAAAAGAAGUCAGCAGCUGAGCAGGCAAGAGAACCAUUAUAUCCUUCAUAUCCUAAAGGAAAGUCAGCAAUGUACGUUGCGAUUAUGGUGAACAACAUAAAGACUCAGUUUGGAAUUGCAGACAACGGUGUUACAGCAAUGUUAGAGUUGAUGAAAGAGUUGCUUCCCGAAGGUAACACCCUUCCAUCCAAGUUUCUAUAUAUGAAGAAGAUUAUUAAAGAGCUGGGGAUGGAUUAUGUCACUUAUGAUGCUUGUAUAAACGACUGUGUACUUUAUUGGAAGGAUAAUAGUUCAUUAGUGAAAUGUCCGGCUGAAAUACUUUACAGUAUAUCAUGGAUAGCAGAGGCGAUGAUUUGGCAUUCUAGAGCACAAAAAGAUGUCAAUAUAAUGCGUCAUCCGGUUGAUUCUACAGCUUGGCGGUGUACGGAUAAAUUUUGUCCUGAAUUUGCUAAGGAAGCACGGAAUGUUACUCUUUGGAUAGCAACUGAUGGCUUCAACCCAAAUGGAUGUUUUGGUCUCAAUUACAGCUGUUGGCUGGUGAUACUGUGUCCGUACAACCUUCCACCUUCAAUGUGUAUGAAGCGCAAAUUCUCCAUGUUAUGUUUGUUGAUAUCAGUCCCAAGAGCACCAGGUAAAGACAUUGAUGUGUACUUACAACCAUUGAUAGAGGAGUUGAAAGAGUUAUGGAAUAAUAGUGUUAUGACAUUCGACAGCUUCACAAAGUCUGAAUUUAUGUUGAAGGAAAGGUUUUUAUGGGCAAUUCAUGAUUUUCCGGCAUUAGGGACUCUGUCCAGAUGUGUGACUCAUGGAUAUUAUGCGUGUCCUACCUGUGGUGAAGAAACAGUUUCUGAGUGGCUGCCGUAUAGUAAGAAAAUAUGUUAUAUGGGACAUCGAAGAUGGCUGCCAUCCAAACACAAGUAA